CCGCCGCCGCCGCCGAGGGGAGGUGACCGCGGCCCGGCCAGACCACCGGCAGCCGUGCGCGGAGGGAACGUGGGACGCAGAGAGCAGCUGUGAAGGAUGGAGGCUGGCUCUGUGGUCCGAGCCAUCUUUGACUUCCGCCCUAGCGUCUCAGAGGAACUGCCGCUCUUUGUGGGGGACAUCAUCGAGGUGCUGGCUGUGGUGGAUGAAUUUUGGCUUCUAGGGAAGAAGGAAGAUGUUACAGGACAGUUUCCCAGCAGUUUUGUGGAGACCGUGACAAUUCCCAGUCUGAAAGGAGGAGAGAGGCUGUUUGUUUGCAUCUGCGAAUUCACAUCUCGCGAGCUGAAUAGUCUUUCCCUCCAUCGAGGAGACCUGGUGAUUGCUGAUGGCUCUCCCGCUGCAGGAUGGUUGCAGGGCCGGAGCUGCUGGGGUGCCCGGGGUUUCUGCCCCUCUUCAUGUGUGCGUGAGCUCUGCCUAUCUUCUCAGAGCCGACAGUGGCACUCACAGGGCUCGCUGCUCCAGGCUCCAGAAUAUUCCAUGGGGCAAGCACGGGCCCUCAUGGGCCUUUCUGCCCAGUUGGAUGAGGAGUUAGAUUUCAGGGAAGGAGAUGUGAUCACCAUUAUCGGAGUUCCUGAGCCAGGCUGGUUUGAAGGAGAGUUAGAGGGCCGAAGGGGCAUCUUUCCAGAAGGUUUUGUAGAGCUUUUGGGGCCUCUAAGGACAGUGGAUGAGUCUGUAAAUUCUGGAAGUGGAGACGACUGCAUUGUUAAUGGUGACGUGGACAUCUCUCCAGAAGAAGUGGAGAGUGGGGCUGACGAGGAUGACCACCAGACGGGGACCUAUGGAAUCGCCCUCUACAGAUUCGAAGCCCUGGAGCCAAAUGAGUUGGAUUUUGAUGUAGGGGAUAAAAUUCGAAUUCUGGGGACCUUGGAAGAUGGCUGGCUGGAAGGACGUUUGAAGGGCAGGACAGGUGUCUUUCCCCAUCGCUUUGUGAAGUUAUGUCCUAGCAUCAGGACAGAGGAAACCGUGGCUCUGCCCCAAGAAGACAGCCUCCCCAAGAACUCUGAAAGCUCUGUGGAAGGAUUGGGGAACUUGGCAGUGGAGGAAACAAGACAGGAACCACAGGAGUGCGAGGCAGAAAGGCCUGACUGUGGUCUCUCUGAACAAGCCCCAGUUCCCCUGGAUCAUGUGGCCCCAGAGUACGUUGUAGAUGAUUCUGGUCAGGAUGAAGACACCUCAGACAGCUCCCUGGGUGUGGAUCUUGAAAGGCCUCUUGCUAAGGACCUUUCCACACCUGACCCCUCAGAGGUAAUCAAUGGUGUUUCUUCCCAGCCUCAGGAACCUUUUCAUCCCAAAGUGCAGAAGAACCAGUAUUAUGUAACAGCAGGAGGGAGCCGCCAACACUCAGACCUGUUCUCUGAGCUUAUCCCUCUAGAAGCCGGGGCUAGAGACUACUCCAGCCUGCCACCCCAAAGGACUUGUGCCCAGUGUAGGUCCCUCCAGAAGCCAGCAUCCCAGCUUCACAGGGCCGCCUCCCUCACGGUCUCAAGAACAUCCAGACCUAGCCACUUCUGCCAUCCAGCCAUGGCCAGCUAUGCUCAGAAGCACCAAACAUCUACAGAAAAAGCCUCCAGCCUCUACUGUGCACCAGACAGACCAGAGAGGAGGCCUGGGCUGCCAGACAAGGGGCCUGCCACAGAAGCAGCCACAGACACACAGGGGGACAGCCUUGACCUGGAUUCCAAGUUGACCCAACAGCUGAUAGAGUUUGAGAAGAGCCUGUCAGGGCCCAGCACGGAGCCGGAUAAAAUUGUGCGCCGCUUUUCAAUCUUGGACUUUAACUCUGAAAAGGACAUUGUUAGAGGUUGCUCAAAGUCAGCGCCCUCACCGGAUCUCCCAGGGAGGAGAAAGACCCUGAGGCCGCCGCCACCCAGACCCUGUACCCCAACAUCCAUUUCUCCUCACUUGCUGGUUGACCAGAGCCUGAAACCUGCACCCCCCUUGGCUGUGCGGCCCUCCCGCCCAGCUCCCCUGCCUCCUUCUACACAGCAGAGGACGAACACAGCCUCCCCGAAGCCUACCUCCUGUGCCCAGCUGGGUUGGGAGGGCUCUGAGCAUGGGGAGAAGAACCCAGGACAGACUCCCCCAUGCCCCUCUGUGCUGGCGAGGAUUCAGGACCUGGAAUAUGACUUGGACAUGUACACCAGGGCUCAGGGAGAGCUGAACUCAAUGUUAGAGGAAAAGCAAGAUGAGUCGUUGAGGGCGGAGACUCUUGAGAGCCUCAAGUUCUAUGAGAGCACCAUUCAGAGUCUGACCCUUGAGCUCCAGCACCUGAGAGACAUGACCCUCCUGUCUUCCCAGUCUUCAUCCCUGGUGGUCCCCUCUGGGUCUGUGUCCACUGAAAAGCCAGAGCAGAGGAUGCUGGAGAAGAGAGCCAAGGUGGUGGCUGAACUUGUGCAGACGGAAAAAGACUACAUCCGGGAUCUGGAGAUGUGCAUUGAGCGGGUCAUGGUGCCCCUGCAGCAGGCACAGGUACCAAACAUUGACUUCGAGGGACUUUUUGGAAAUAUGCAGACAGUGAUUAAAGUCUCAAAGCAGUUGUUGGCAGCCUUGGAAGUCAGCGAUGCUGUAGGACCCGCGUUUCUUGAUCACCGGGAAGAGCUUGAGGGAACGUACAGGGUUUACUGCCAGAACCACGAUGAGGCCAUUUCACUGCUGGAAAUCUACGAGAAGGAUGAGAAGAUCCAGAAGCAUCUUCAGGACUCCAUGGCAGAUCUUAAGAGCCUGUACAAUGAAUGGGGAUGCACCAAUUAUAUCAACCUGGGCUCCUUCCUCAUCAAACCCGUACAGAGGGUAAUGCGUUACCCACUGCUGCUGAUGGAGUUGCUGAAUUCCACCCCUGAAUCCCACCCGGAUAAGGUGCCCUUAACCAGCGCAGUCCUUGCCGUCAAGGAGAUCAAUAUUAACAUUAAUGAAUACAAGCGUCGGAAGGAUCUAGUGCUCAAGUACCGCAAAGGUGACGAAGACACUCUGAUGGAGAAGAUCUCCAAGCUCAACAUCCACUCCAUCAUCAAGAAGUCCAACCGGGUCAGCAGUCACCUGAAACACCUCACUGGCUUCGCUCCUCAGCUAAAAGAUGAAGUAUUUGAAGAGACAGAAAAGAACUUCCGGAUGCAGGAGAGAUUGAUUAAAUCUUUUAUCCGAGACCUAUCUGUCUACCUCCAGCAUAUACGGGAGUCUGCAUGUGUGAAAGUGGUGGCAGCCAUGAGCAUGUGGGAUCUGUGCGUGGAGAGGGGACACCAUGACCUGGAGCAAUUCGAGAAGGUGCAUCGCUACAUCAGUGACCAGCUCUUCACGCGCUUUAAGGAGAGGACUGAGCGGCUGGUCAUCAAUCCCUUGAACCAGCUGUUGAACAUGUUCACGGGGCCCCACAAGCUGGUGCAGAAGCGCUUCGACAAGCUCCUGGACUUCUACAACUGCACGGAGCGGGCGGAGAAGCUCAAGGACAAGAAGACUCUGGAGGAGCUGCAGUCAGCCCGAAACAACUACGAGGCCCUGAACGCCCAGCUGCUGGACGAGCUGCCCAAGUUCCAGCAGUAUGCCCAGGGCCUCUUCACCAACUGCAUCCACGGCUACGCCGAAGCCCAGUGUGACUUCGUGCAGCAGGCGCUGGAGCAGCUGCAGCCGCUGCUGUCGUUGCUGAGGGCCACCGACCGGGAAGGCAACUUGAUCGCCAUUUUCCAUGAGGAGCACAGCCGGGUUCUACAGCAGCUCCAGGUCUUCACCUUCUUCCCCGAGUCCCUCCCAGCUCCCAGAAGGCCCUUCGAGAGGAAAGCCACAGACCGCCAGUCAGCGCGGAAGCCCUUCCUGGCCAUGCCAAGCUACAUGCUGCAGUCAGAAGAGCUGCGGAGCUCCCUGCUGGCCAGGUACCCACCCGAGAAGCUCUUCCAGGUGGGACGGAACUUCAACGCUGCUCAGGACUUGGAUGUCUCCCUUUUGGAAGGCGACCUGGUGGGCGUCAUCAAAAAGAAAGACCCCAUGGGCAGUCAGAACCGCUGGCUCAUUGACAAUGGAGUCACCAAAGGCUUUGUGUACAGCUCCUUCCUGAAGCCUUACAAUCCGCGGCGCAGCCACUCCGAUGCCUCCGUGGGCAGCCACUCCUCCACAGAAUCUGAGCACAGUGGCUCGUCCCCCAGGGUCCAUCAUCGGCAGAACAGCAACAGUGCCUUGACCUUGAACUCCAACAGCAUCACUGUGUCCUCCACCGCGGGACUUUCCCCGAAGCAGCCUCAGGAUGCACCUUUGCUGAAGGACUGUGACCAAGGAACUCUCGGUGCAUCCUUGAACAGGGGCAGUCCAGAAACUGGACCUUCCAGGGGCUCCUCAGACCCAGACUCUGCCUGGCAGCACAGGCCAGGGGACACUGCUGAGGGCUCCAGAGACAUCAGCCAACCCUCUUCGACCGUGAGGGGCUGCCAGCGAAGCUCCAGGCAUCCACAGGCGGUCGGUUACUCUGUACCAGGGCAAAAUGAGCAAGGCUAUGACUCCAUAAAAAGAAGUACACGAGCCUGUCAGACUCCAGAGGACAGAAACAGAGGGCUUGGAAGUGGAGAGACAGAAGGCAACCAGGUCUAUUUUGCCGUCUAUACCUUCAAGGCUCGAAACCCAAAUGAAUUGAGUGUGUCAGCCAAUCAGAGACUCAGGAUCCUUGAGUUUAAAGAUGUCACAGGCAAUACUGAGUGGUGGUUGGCUGAAGUUAAUGGGAAAAGGGGCUAUGUCCCAUCCAAUUAUAUCAGAAAAACUGAGUACACUUGAGCCCAAGUUGCUUUCCACCCUCUGCUGCCACUUUCAGUCUGCUGAAAGGUUCUGGUGGGCUCCAGGCACCUGCUCCUGAGCAGGGCCCCACCACACUGCUUAUUCAUAACAAGGAGCACAAGAUAAGCUUUGGGAUGUACACUUUGAUGCUCGCUAGAAUUUGAAGUGGGUGGACCCCAAGGCUUGCCAACGAUUCAGUGAUCACGGGAAGCAGGUUUCAGCUGUGGGAAAUGAGAGGUUCCCAAUCAGAAAAGCAGUA